GUGGUGGGACGGGAGUUGGGUGAAGGACGGAAGAAAGAAAGAAAGCAAACGUACUGAACGAAGACGUUUUCACUUCACCAACCGCCAUCCGCGUUGGCGUUCACAACCAAUAAACAAAGCUGCCGGGGCGCGUGUGUGGUUUUUUUUGUUCCUCCUCGAGGAAGAUGGCUCAGCGGGUCCGUCGGAACGGUUCACCAACCAGCUCUGUGAGCGGCACUAGUAACAGUGGUAGUAGUGGGGGAGGAGGUAGCAGUAAUGGUGGUGCUAACAAUAGUAGUAACAGUACUAGCGGCAGUGGUAGCGGUGCUGGCCGGCCUCAGCCCAUGAGGGCCACCGUGCCGUUUCAGUUGAAACAGGGCAGCCCGACGAGGUGUUGCGCUGGUGGAGCGGGCAGGCAGCAGCAGCAGACGGCCUCCUCGCGGAGCAGCCCCACCAGGACACAGCAGCAGCAGCAGCAGGCGGCCACGGCCACCUCGCGGAGCAGCCCCACCAGGACACAGCAGCAGCAGCAGCAGGCGGCCACGGCCACCUCGCGGAGCAGCCCCACCAGGACACAGCAGCAGCAGCAGCAGCAGGCGGCCACGGCCACCUCGCGGAGCAGCCCCACCAGGACACAGCAGCAACUGCACCCGGCCACCACCACCUCAUCUCCUUGCUCCUCGCCCACCCCUCAUUGGGCCUCGGGGGCAGAUUCUUCACGGGUCAGACACAGGAAAUCUCCAGAACACAAGGGCUCCCCAGAACGGAAGAGCCCCAACUCUCCCAUUUGCAAAGUUGACAGGUCUCGUCAGUCUUUGGUGAGCCCCUCCAGUAACAUCCGCCGCACAUCAUCGUUGGACACACUUGCAGCUCCCUACCUCACCGGUCAGUGGCCACGUGAUGUGCACAGCCAUUCUGCUCCUUGUGUGAGAGAUAAAGCUACACAGACUCCAAGUGCCUGGGCAGAAGAGAGCUCUGAAAAGAAGAAGGGAUCCCACAAACGCUCAGCAUCCUGGGGAAGCAAUGACCAGUUGAAAGAGAUCGCCAAAUUGCGUCAGCAACUUCAACGGAGCAAACAGAGCAGUCGAUAUCACAGAGAAAAAGAGAGACAAUCUCCUUUCCAUGGCAACCAUGCAGCAAUUAUCCAAUCACAGGCACCCAUUCCAAAGACUGUUUUGAUUCCUGUGGCAAUUCCUAUUUCAAAGUCGACCGUUUCCCGAUUCCGUAACAGUGUUGAGGGCCUUAACCAGGAGAUUGAGCGAAUUAUUAUCAAGGAGAGUGGAGACAAAGAAGAGCAGAUCAUGAUUCCUCAAGAUACUCCAGAUGGUCAUCGUGCUCCCUUUCCAGUACAGCAGCGAAGCAGUAGUACCCGCAGUAUUGACACUCAGACCCCGUCAGGAAUGGACCGGAGCAGUACCAGCAGCAGCCGAUCCCAGUCCGUUUCACCAACAUUCCUCACCAUAGCCAACGAAGGUAGUGGAGAGAGCCCAUGCUAUACUGAAGACCUGCUUACGGAUAGCCGAGAGAAAGAAAGUGGAACUAGCUCUCCAUUACCUAAAUAUGCCUCCUCUCCGAAGCCGAACAACAGUUAUGACUUCAAACGGGAACCACCAGAAGGCUGUGAGAGGGUGAAAGCCUUUGAGGAAACUUCACCGAAGCAGCUGCAUGAAGUUCCUCAGUUCUUCUGCCCAGAUAAAAAUAAGGUGAACUUUAUCCCUAAAAGUGGCUCUGCAUUCUGUCUGGUCAGUAUUCUGAAGCCACUCUUGCCCACGCAAGACCUUACUCUGAAGGGCUCCAAUCACGGCCUAAUAGUUCCUGCCGCAGUUAUACCUACAGUAUCACUGGCACAACCUAUCCCUCUGCCAACACACAUGGAGCAAGAUAGAAUUUCAAGAGGAACCUGUAUGGGCCACCUGCAGCCUUCAGUUCACCAGCAGUCAGCGCAGACAGAAGAGUUGGAGAAAUGAUCCGGUGAAGCAGGCCUUCGCUGGGAAGACCUACAACAAAUUCACAUAUCUGCAGCUCUACAACUUGGCAAUAAGGUUUCAGGCCCAGGGUACAGGCAAAGGUGGGCUGGGGGCAGGGGAUGUAGGGUUUCCAAUUAACUCAACAGCAAAAUUUACUAAUUGCCUUCCAAUAGCAGAGUGUAGACCUUUUCACAAUGGGAGGUGGUUCUGCUAUGGCGUAUGAUGUUUGACAUACUGUACUUUAAAUGUGCAUGCUCUCCCAUUUAGGCAAGGACUGAUCUGUGGAAGGUCACAAGUUUGAGCAAGGCAAUUGGACAAAAUUUUACUUGAAAGGACUGUCACUAUUUUCCCCCCUCCUUUGUGGAGCCUUAUCUUUUAAUGGUUCCUGUUCUGUUUACAUUUAAAUAAAGAUUAUAUAUAUAUUAUAUACAAGGUUAAUAUUUCCAAGUUAAUCAAAGGCAAUUGAAAGCCUGCUUUACACUAGUGCAACACUUGAGUGCAACAGUAGUUCUGUUCUCAGGAAAUUUUCCUCAUUUUUUUUGUGCUCAUGUAUAUUUGCUGUAUCAUUGGCCAAUUUCACAUGAGAAAGCUUAACCAGAUAAAGUGGAGAUCUUUCAAAUAGGUCAUUAUACUUUCUGAAAUAUUGCUGUUAUGUCUGUGUUAAGACAUUAGCAGUACUAGAAAUGGAAGCUAUGCGAUGGUGAAUGAAACAAUAUUAAAGCUUUUCAUACUCUGUGCCCCCUUUGACCUUUCACAUCCUCCACUGUAAUCAGACACCAUUAUAAACUCAGUUUGUGCGUCGUUGUUGCUAAAUAAUAUUUUGCCUGUCCC